CCAACCAAAGAACCCUAUAUUGUUUAAUUUAGCUACUUUUUUUCUAAGAGUGUAUUGUUCAAAUCAGAAACCAUUCUUCAUUCAAGUAAAAAGAAAUGUAUAGAAUAAGGUUUACAAAAGUGAAGGAAAAGAAACCCUUCAAAGUACAUAUUUUACACUGCAAUGUUUUAAAAAUGAUGUCGUAAAUACAGUUUGAUCAUCUGUGAUAAUCAGAGAUCAAUGUUCUCUUAUUCAGGAGUCUACCAACUGGGUUCAGGUUGAACCUGUGGUCAUCACUGAAGAAGCCCCAAUGUUCAGCAUGUCUCCCCCGGGGCGCUACGAGUGCAAAGUAUCAGGGCUCCGAUGGGUGUGUAAAGACCAUGUCAGUCUGCAGUAUCAAUUCAGCUCCUGGGAACCUCACAGUGCAAUGAUGAAAAGCUUGGGGUACAAGCAAGGAGGCCCCCUAUUGGACGUCACAAUCCUUGCAGGAGAACUGGAAGAAGUGCAUCUGCCACAUUUUGCCUGUUUCGGUGAUGAUUCCUCCUUCAAAGAGAAAGUGAGAGUUCUACAUGUAGAAGACUGUGGUGUGUCCGUAAAACAAGUGGAUGAAGUCACCUGCUUCCACGUCAAGAUCCUCCAUCCAACUUUCUCUCCAAAAGGAGUUCUCGUGAGAUCUGGCUUUCCGCUGAAAGAACACUGUGACUUGCUGCUCUACCAGGCCAAGGCCCAUCUUGGACAGACUCCUGAAGGAGUCAUCACUGACAAUGGCUACAGUGACGUGAGAUCUGAAAGAACCAAACAGAAGAAGAUGAGGGAGCUCUUUGAUGGGCCCCCUGAAAGGAUGUGGCCCCAAAGGCAAAGAUAUUUUCUUAGAGAUCCUGAAAGAGCAGGAGCCAUUUCUAAUCAGAGAAUUGAUGGGUGAAUGAGAAGCUGAAUACAUUUGAAGUUUAAUUUUUAGGGAAAGGACACGGA